AUGCAGUCCUUACUCAAGACAUUCGUUUGCUGCUCCUUUCUUUUACAACAUGUCACAGCACAACAACAGUACCGGGAACCAGCUCCAGCCUACAUUAUAGCUCCAGACCCGACAGAAUACCAAGACUGGCUGCCACCGACUUCGUACUCUUUCUCUUUCGGAAACAAGAACGAUUCUGUUACUCCAUGGAAGCCAUGGCAUCAUCCCCGACCUCCUCACUACCCACGCCCACCAGUAUGUGGCGUGCAGAACCCUUCGCCUCAGAGAGAGUUCUGGCUUUCGACUUUUGAGGGUGCACGCGAAGGCAUUUCUCCAUUCCUGGUUGACGGUCACGACUACAAGGUGUUUCGCAAUGUCAAAGACUACGGCGCUACUGGAGAUGGCCACACCGACGAUACAGACGCUUUCAAUAGAGCAAUCACUGAUCAAAGCAGAAUGGGUGGCGGCAAAGGUGCUGGUGGAAGCACUGGACAACCAGCGCUGAUUUACAUCCCACCCGGAACUUAUCUGAUCUCGUCUUCUGUGCAGUUGUUCAUCGAUACUCAGGUCAUUGGAGAUGCCAUCAACCCACCAACGAUCAAAGCGUCGUCCCAGAUGAGGAACAAUACAGUGAUGAUUGCUGGAUACGAUUUCGGUCAACCAUCUACCACAAACUUCUACAUUGGCCUCCGAAACGUCAAGCUUGACACGACCGGCGCGGCUGCGGGGGAUACCAUCUACGCUCUGAACUGGGCCGUUUCCCAGGCUACGAACCUCGUCAAUGUCGACUUCGUCAUGCCUGUCGACAGUCAACAUAUCGGAAUCGAGAUGGAUGGCGGUGAUAGUGGAGGCGGCUCUGGUCUGUUCAUGGGCGAUUUGACCUUCGAAGGCGGGCUCAUUGGUAUCCUCUUCAACAAUCAGCAAUAUGCUAUCAAGAACGUAAAGAUUAGAAACACCCGCACUGGAAUUGCAGUCAAGCACGCAUUCGUCCUCAACAUGCAAGGCAUCGACUGUGAGAACGUCGGCAUCUGUGUCGACAUGGGACCGAUUGAUGUAGCCGGGUCCAUCAACUUGAUCGACAGCAGCUGCAAGACCUGUGGCAUCGUCGUGAAUGGCACGAGCUCGAUCUUGCUCGAGAACAUUUCUGUCAGAAACUCCGGACCAACUUUGAAGGUGAACGGCACUGCGUGUCCUAUUGGUGAUCUGACAGGCAAGACAUAUGUUCAGGGGCAUGUCUAUCGCGAUGGUGCUGGCCGGCCUAGCAUCUCCUCGAACGAAACGACUCCAAUUGCUCGUAACGGCACAUUCCUACCCUACACCACUCGUGGCAGCCUUACUGGUAGCGAUGGACGUUACUUCACAAAGAAGCUUCCUCAAUACGAAGAGUAUCCUGUCUCCGCUUUUGCGUCCGUCAGAGACGCUGGAGCUAAGGGCGACGGUGUUACGGACGACACGGCAGCAAUCAACGCGGCUUUGGCGUCGAAUGCCGACUGCAAGAUCACCUACUUCCCACAUGGCGUGUACCUGGUCACAGAUACCAUCUACGUCCCGCCUGGCAGCCGUAUCGUGGGCGAAGUCUGGUCGACAAUCACCGCUUCUGGCGAUCACUUCGCAGAUGAAAACAACCCUCAGCCUCUGAUCCAAGUCGGUAAACCAGGCGAAGUCGGCCUCUGUGAGAUCACAGAUAUGCUCUUCACAGUCGCAGAUAUUCUCCCUGGAGCCAUCCUCACCGAGAUCAACAUGGCCGGAGCCAACCAAGGCGACGUCUCCUUCCACAACACCCACUACCGCAUCGGCGGCGCCGCAGACUCUCUCACCGAAACCGCUUGCCAAACCGAAUCAGACCCAUGCAAGGCCGCCUUUCUCGUGAUGCACCUCAAGAAGACCAGUUCAACCUACAUCGAGAACGCGUGGCUCUGGUCUGCGGAUCACGAUCUUGAUGGCGAAUACAAUCAACAAAUCGGCACAGGUCGAGGCAUGCUCAUCGAAGCCACGCAAGGAACAUGGCUCCACGGCCUGGGCUCCGAACACCAUACGUUAUAUGCGGUACAGUUCAACGAUGCCAGCAACGUCUUCGCCUCCCUCCUCCAAGUCGAAACCCCCUACUGGCAACCCACGCCCCGAGCCCCAGCCCCCUGGACGCCAGACCCGGCCUGGAACGACCCGGACUUCACCGGCUGCAACGGCAACGUCUCGCAAUGCUACAUGCAAUGGGCGCUCCGCAUCAUCGGCGAAGAAACGCAUACUUUGCCCUUGUACGGCCAAGGCUUCUGGGUCUUCUUCAAUGGCCCGAAUUAUGGUGCUUGUACGGGCCCUGAUGGGGUCUGUCAGAUCAAUAUUGUGGAUUUGGAGGGGUUGAGCAGGGGAGAUGGGGUGGAUUUGUAUAAUUUGAAUACCAAGGGGGUGCAGAAUUUGGUGACGAUUGGGGGGCCUGGUGGGGAGGUCGCGGCGACGCAAGCGGGGAAUCCUGGGAGUUGGGGAGGUGUCAUUGCGGCGUAUCUGGUUUAG